AUGUCCCACGAGAAAAUAAGCAAACUCGAAGCAGGAUUCAGUGCGGAGGCCGUGGACGAUCCUGAAUAUGUCAGAGAUCCAACCAACGCAAUUAAGUCUCCUACUUCAAGACUGGGAAACUUCAUAGGCGGACAGUCCGUGAGAGAGAGUUUACAGAGGCUUCGGCUGCUACUACACACAUCUGCGGGACAAGAUUGCGUUUUAGCGAGCAUCGAAUAUCUCGCUCACGCAUUGCACUUUCUUAUCGCAAAUUGUCGAUGGAGAAUUACUACGUAUGCAGUUCUAGGGCACCCGAAGAACUGGUGGAAAAGCUCCAACAGACGAGUGGUGCCUCGCCGCCUCGAUGGUUUUACCAAACAACAAUAUCCCGCUCUUCUCAACCUCUCUUCUCUAUUCAGCAGUGCGCGUCAUACUUUGAGGCUGUUCGGUCUAUUUUAUAUAUGGACAGACAUCCUUAAAGAUCUCCAAUAUUCGAGCAAGAGCAGCCUCAUAGAUGGUAUCAACAUUAUCCAGGUUAUCACAAUGACGUCAUAUCAACUUCUCGAAAACUUUGGCCAUCUCGCAUCGAACAAGAUUAUAUCGUUAGAAGCGAUUGGAGCAAAAGUCAAGAUCCGAAAACUCUACAUCUGGGCCGCGCGGGCAUUAUUCUUACAUCUUAUACUUGAGCUGAUGAAGCUGAGCAAGGAAGCCUGGCUCGCUAGUGCAGGAGGCCGGAGUCGGAUGCCACCCGACGAGAAAGAUACCGGAUCAAAGUGCGGAGAGCCAGAUUUGACGGUAAUUCCUGAAAAUGGGGAUACUCAAGAUUGGAGAAAAAGAUUUUGGGCGAGCUCGGCUUGGGGACUUUUGUGUUUGUAUUGGAGCUGCGAGCAGACAAUUCCGCUCGUGGAGGAUAUGGCUGGUGGUCUAAGCUUUUUGGCCGACUUGUUUACCUUGAGAGAUAAAUGGAUACGAACUGCCCAGUAG